AUGGCGAGCAAGGCCAAGUCCCGUUGGGCCGACGACGAGGCCGAUGCAGCGCUCGAAGCGCGACUGAAGAAGGAAAAGGAAGAAAAGAAGCGCGCCAAAGCCGAGAAAGCGCGCCGGCUGGAAGCGGAAAAACAAGCUCGAGAGGCGGCUGCGGCUGCGACUGCUGAUAGCGCACAACGACACGGGCAAGAUGAGAGCCACGGCACAGCAUUCGAUGGCCCCCCAGCGAAACGACGACGAGUAUCACCCGGGCGCGAGACUCUCGACCAGGGCGGCGAUGCCCCAAGUCAACUCCUCCGCUUUGGCAGCGGCAGCACUUUUGGCCGAUGUCGCAGCGUUGAGAACUACGACAAACUCAACGACAUCGAGGAGGGGGCCUACGGCUGGGUGUCGCGGGCUAAAGACGCUGUGACGGGCAAGGUAGUAGCGCUCAAACGGCUCAAGAUUGACCCCAAGGACCGCGGGGGGCUACCCGUAACGGGAUUGCGGGAGAUCCAGAUCUUGAAGGACUGUGACCACCGGAAUGUGGUCAAGCUGCGGGAGGUGGUGGUCGGGGACGACACGAGCAGGAUUGAAAACAUCUUCCUCGUUCUCGAAUUUCUCGAGCACGACCUCAAGUCCAUCCUCGAGGACAUGCCCGAACCCUUCCUCGCAUCCGAAGUCAAGACCCUCCUCCAGCAACUGGCCUCUGGCGUAGCCUACCUCCACGACCACUGGAUCCUCCACCGCGAUCUCAAAACCUCCAACCUCCUCCUCAACAACCGCGGCCGGCUCAAGAUCGCCGACUUCGGCAUGGCGCGAUACGUCGGCGACCCACCGCCCCGACCACUCACCCAGCUGGUCGUGACGCUCUGGUACCGCGCGCCAGAGCUUCUACUGGGCACAGCGCGUUACGGUCCGGCCAUAGACCUGUGGAGCGUCGGCUGCAUCUUCGGCGAGCUGCUGACGCGCGAGCCGCUGCUGCAGGGCCGCAACGAGGUCGACGAGCUCACCAAGAUCUUUGAGCUCUGCGGCCUGCCCACUGACGACACCUGGCCCGGCUUUCGCCGCCUCCCUAACGCCCGCGCGUUACGUUUACCAACCUCAUCAUCAUCCUCCGCCCCUCCAUCCGGAUCCAGCAUCCGCACACGUUUUCCACUUCUCACUACCGCCGGCGUCUCCCUCCUGAACAGCCUGCUCUCGCUCGACCCGUCCCGACGCCCAACCGCACACGAGAUGCUCUCACAUGAAUAUUUCGCUCAGGAUCCCAAACCCAAACAGGAGGCCAUGUUCCCCACGUUCCCGAGUAAAGCAGGGCAGGAGAGGAGGAGGCGAAGGGAGACGCCGAACGCGCCUGGACGGGGUCAGCAAGCCGGGGCCGGAGCGGCGGAUUUCGGGGCCGUGGACUUUAUUGGGAUUUUCUCGGGGCGGGAUAGGGAGGAGAAGGGUGGUGGGUUUUCGUUGCGGAUGGUGUAG